AUGACUUCCACUACUGCCGGCCACGGACGAAUAAUUGUCGAGCUUCACGGCGAGGAUGCUGUCUUUGCUGAGCUCUCGUCGACCUACCCAUUGAAACUUUUGUCGCCACGCGUACGAAGACGGGGCUUUGCGACAGUUUAUAUGAUUUCUUAUGGUGGCGGUUUGGUGAGUGGGGACGAAGUGGUGUUAUCUGGCCAAGUCAGACGCGGAACGAGCCUAGUACUGCUCUCGCAAGGUUCGACCAAGGUAUUCAAGCUCCGACCUGGCCACCGCGCAGCAACAGCAGCCGCCAGUAGUGGACUGCCGACAACACAACAGACACUGGAAUUUACCGUUGAAACGGGCAGCGCGCUGUUCCUCUUACCGGAUCCAGUCACAUGUUUCGAGGCUGCAUCCUACAACCAAAUACAACGAUUCCGACUGGAGGCAGGCGCGUCGCUGGCUGUGCUGGACUGGGUCACCAGCGGACGCAAGUCACGCGGCGAGGAAUGGUUGUUUUCGCGGUAUUUCAGCGUGAACGAGAUCGAAGUUGGCGGCAAGUGCGUGGCGAAAGACGUGCUUUUGCUGGAGGGUGACUACAGAGAGAGGGUCCAGGCCUAUUCGUGCUACGCGACACUGUUUCUGGUGGGUCCAGCGAUGGGGGAGGUCGUCGGUAAAUUGAGGGAGGAGUAUGGGCGAAUAACGGUGUUUCGGACGAGUAAGCCGGAGAAAUUCUUAUGGUCGUUGAGCGAACUAGGGUCAGAUGGGGUUGUGGCAAAGAGGCGAGAGCUGGAGGAGGCCAUGUCGCGUACAAAAGCCGUCUUCAAAACAUAUAAACCUGUUUCGCCAGGCAUUCGCCAUUUGCGCAGGCCAUUAAACUCACAUUUAUGGCAAGGGAGGCCUAUCAUCCAGCUUACCGUCGCCAAGCGCAAGUCUGGAGGGCGUAACUCAACAGGGCGAAUAACUGUUCGCCAUCGCGGUGGAGGGCAUCGACAACGAAUUCGAAUACUCGACUACAAACGCGACGAGCCGGGAGUUCAUGACGUGGUCAGGAUAGAAUACGACCCAAACCGCUCGGCCCACAUUGCCCUCUUAAAAAACCGCAAUCCCACCGCGGUUGGUACGAAAAAAUGGUCAUAUAUCAUUGCGCCAGAGGGUAUUCGCGCUGGCGACGAAAUUCAGAGCUUCAGACAGGGAAUUCCGGAGGGAUUCGUGCCCGGCCUCGACAUAGCCAAGUUGAAUAAUCCUGACACCGUAACCACCGAGCUAGUUGAGGGCGAUGCUGAGGGUGUCGAUGGACUUGAGCAGUCAUCUUCACAGUCGCUUGCCCUCGGUCUUCUCCGAACUCUUACCCUCAAGCCUGGAAAUGUACUUCCCCUCCGACUCAUUCCCAUUGGAACCGUCAUCCACAACAUUGCUCUUAUCCCAACUGGACCAGGGGUCCUUGUUCGCUCAGCAGGGUCUGCCGCCCAAGUUGUCAACCACGAGGAAACACGCUAUUCACACGUUCAAUUGCAAAGUGGCGAAGUCCGCAAAAUUCUCCGCGACUGCUGUGCGACCAUCGGCCGUGUCAGCAAUCCUCUCUGGAAAAAUCGCAAUCUGGGCAAAGCUGGAAGGGCACGGUGGUUAGGGAGGAGACCGAGUGUCCGUGGUGUAGCGAUGAACGCUAACGACCAUCCCCAUGGAGGUGGACGGGGCAAGUCUAAGUCGAAUAAGCAUCCAGUGUCAAUAUGGGGUUGGGGAGCAAGGGGCACGCGGACAAGGAAACCCGGUCCCAAGGGUCCCAAGAACAGCAACAAGAUGGUCAUCCGAGAACGGCCAAGGGGGAAGGCAACGCGUUCGAAUUAG